AUGGGUCGUAAACGAUUAUCAAGCAACGAUUCAGUUGCAACAACAGCAAGUAAUUCUCCUAUUAAAUCAAAUAAUACAGCAAAUGGUGGAAUGCAACAAAGAAAUGCUGCUAAUGCUCGUGAACGUGCUCGAAUGCGUGUAUUAAGUAAAGCUUUUAUUAAACUAAAAACUCAUUUACCAUGGGUUCCACAUGAUACAAAAUUAUCAAAACUUGAUACACUUCGUUUAGCAACAAGUUAUAUUGUCCAUUUAACACAAAUAUUAGAUAAUGAUGAACUUCCAGUGCCAACCAUAACAGCACCACCAACUACUACAUCACUUUCACUUCAAACACCAAAUAAUUUUAGUUGGCCAUAUUCAUCUUGUCAUCGAUCUUCAUCAUUAUGUGCUAUGAAUGGUCGAUUAUCUUCAUCAUCUAAUAUAAAUAAUAAUACUUAUCCAAAUAAUGAAUAUGAAUAUCAAAUUCAAUCAGAACUUAUUAAUGAUCAUCAAGAAAAUAUUAUUGAAGAAAAACCUCGGAUAUGUUAA